GGGGCGCGGCCGAGGGGAGGAGAGAACAGAGGCAGCCCAGCAGGCCCGGGCGCGCGGGGCUGCGGCUCCGCCAAUCUGCGGGCGCUGACGCGGGGGGCGGCUCCGCGGCGCUCGGAUAUCUGCCCGCCCGGGGCGCAGGGCGCCGAGAGGUUCGGCUGUGCGGGCGCUGCGCUCGGGGAACGGCCGCUGCACCUGCCCGGGGCCUUCCCGGCCGCUGCGUGCACCUCCCCCCGGCUCCUGCCCCCUCCUCCGUACCCGCGGCCCUGCGCCCGCGUUCGCCUCCAGGUCCCCGCCAGCGGGCCGCCGCGUAAGAGCCGAGCCUUGCCCGAGGGAGCCUCCCCUUCUCCGCCCGGCCGGCCCGGCGCCUGGCGCGGCCCGCGGAGCCGCGGAAGAGACUGCGCCGAACCUCGGAUCGGACUGCGCCGUGCGGUCGCCGCCACCCCCCGCAGGCCGCCGCGCCUUGGCCGCGAUGGGCCUAAGUGUCCGGCCCCUGCGCGCCUGAUGAGCGCGGCCGCGGCCCCAAAGACCCAAGCGGGCCGCGACGUGCGCGGGGCCUCACCGAGCUGCGCCCGCAGCUCCGCGGACGAGGGCCGCUGGGCCCGGCCGGCUGAGGGCGCGGCCGUUCCGGAGAGGCGAGAGGGAACGGCCCCGAGAUGGCUCCGCGAGCGGGCGCUUUGGCGGUGGGCACCCUACGCGUGGAACAGCCACGGGACUAGUCGCUGGCCGGCGCCAGAUGGACCUUGACCCGCGCCGCGGCCCCGCGUUGGUGCCAAGCCGAGGCUAGAGGGGCACGGGCGGAACGCGCUCCGGGGGCACGCCGGGAGUUCCGGGCCCUGCUCGCCCGCCGGGCAAUGAAGAUGAUCCUGGUGCGCAGGUUCCGCGUGCUCAUCCUGAUGGCGUUCCUCGUGGCCUGCGCGCUGCAUAUCGUGCUGGACCUGCUGCCCAGGCUGGAGAGGAGCGCCGCGCGGCCCUCCGGGGAGCCCGGCUGCUCCUGCGCGCAGCCCGCGGCCGAGGCAGCAGCGCCCGGCUGGGCCCAGGCGCGCGGACGCCCCGGGGAGCCCCCGGCCGCAGCCUCCGCCGCCGGCGACGCGGGCUGGCCCAACAAGCACACACUGCGCAUCUUGCAGGACUUCAGCUCCGACCCUUCCUCCAACCUCACGUCCCACUCGCUUGAGAAACUGCCGCCCGCAGCCGAACCGGCGGAGGGCGCCUUGCCGGGGCCGGAUCCUGGCGCCCAGCGACCCCGAGAGCCCGCUCACCGGCCCCUGCUUGGAGACCCUGGUCCACGUGGACCCGUGCUGCCCCCCGGCCCCAGUGGGGACGGCUCCCUCCUGGCCAGGCUGUUCCAGCACCCACUGUACCAGGCCGCCAUUCCGCCGCUGACAGAGGACGACGUCCUCUUCAACGUGAACAGCGACAUCAGGUUCAACCCCAAGGCGGCAGCAGCGGAGAGCCCGGACUGGCCACACGAAGGUCCUGAGGAUGAAUUCCUACCCACGGGGGAGGCGGCCGUGGACUCCUAUCCCAACUGGCUCAAGUUCCACAUUGGCAUCAACCGCUAUGAGCUGUACUCUCGACACAACCCAGCGGUGGAGGCCCUGCUGCGUGACCUCGGCGCCCAGAAGAUCACCAGUGUUGCCAUGAAGUCGGGGGGCACGCAGCUCAAGCUCAUCAUGACCUUCCAGAAUUACGGGCAAGCACUGUUCAAGCCCAUGAAGCAGACGAGGGAGCAGGAGACACCCCCUGACUUCUUCUAUUUCUCCGACUAUGAGAGGCACAACGCGGAGAUCGCUGCCUUCCACCUGGACAGGAUCCUGGACUUCCGCCGGGUCCCGCCCGUGGCCGGCAGGCUGGUCAACAUGACCAAGGAGAUCCGGGACGUCACGCGGGACAAGAAGCUGUGGAGAACCUUCUUCAUCUCCCCAGCCAACAACAUCUGCUUCUAUGGGGAAUGUUCCUACUACUGCUCCACGGAGCACGCCCUGUGCGGGAAGCCGGACCAGAUCGAGGGCUCCCUGGCUGCCUUCCUGCCGGACCUGUCCCUGGCCAAGAGGAAGACCUGGCGGAACCCCUGGCGACGCUCGUACCACAAGCGCAAGAAGGCGGAGUGGGAAGUGGACCCUGACUACUGCGAGGAGGUGAAGCAGACGCCGCCCUACGACAGCAGCCACCGCAUCCUGGACGUCAUGGACAUGAGCAUCUUCGACUUCCUCAUGGGAAACAUGGACCGCCAUCACUACGAGACCUUCGAGAAGUUCGGGAACGAGACGUUUAUCAUCCACUUGGACAACGGGAGAGGGUUUGGAAAAUACUCCCAUGAUGAGCUUUCUAUCCUGGUGCCUUUACAGCAGUGCUGCAGGAUCAGGAGGUCCACGUACCUGCGGCUGCAGCUCCUGGCCCAGGAGGAGUACAAGCUGAGUCUGCUGAUGGCCGAGUCCCUGCGCGGGGACCGCGUGGCCCCCGUCCUGCACCAGCCGCACCUGGACGCGCUGGACCGGCGGCUGCGCGUCGUGCUGCAGGUGGUCAGGGACUGCGUGGAGAAGGACGGGCUGCACGGCGUCGUGGCGGACGACCUGGGCCCUGAGCGCAGAGCUGCUGCCGGGAGGUAGUGACUGCGAGCUGCGGCCAGGCCGGCCGCCGAGGGCCACAGGCCACGGGCCACGUGGGAGCAGACGGGCCGCCCGGGGACGCCUGUUCCUUGCUUUCCAGACCAGGACAGCCCGGGGGACGCACUCUGCACCCACGGACAGAGGCGGCCUUACGGCGGGCCACCACCCUUUUGUACGGAAAGGAAGCGUUUAUUUACUAUUUUGUAUUUAUACCUGGUGUAAAUGUACAUAAAUAGAGACGUCUAUACAGACCCCGACCGCCCAGCAAAUCACGGCAGGGCCAGGUGCUCCUGUGAAGGGCUCCCACUCUGGACCCAACUUACAGUAAAAACUCUCCUCCCUUCCGGUGGCUAGGGCUGCCGGAGGCUCCCGAGGUCAUCACGGACUCGCGUGGACAGGUGAACAGCACGUAGGCUUUGGGCGACGAGACGGAGCAGUCACCUCCUGGCCGCCUGGGCUGUCUUCACGGCAGCUUGUGACCUGCCUCAGAAGCCUGCGCGCGUGUGUGACACAAGGCCGGGCAGCUGGUUACUUCCGCGGCAUUUUCGUGGAAUAGUUUGCAAUGUGGUGAAAGUGCAAUAAAGAUUCAGCA